UCUGCACCUCAAAAAGUCAAAAAGUCAACUUGGGGAGCUCGCUCGCUCUCGCUCUCUCUCUCUCUCUGCGGCUCUGAAAAUUUGAAUUGAACUCGAGAGGAAGGCGAGGUCAGGGGGUAGCUUGAACGAGCAGGAUCAUGGAGGAUCUCUACGGGUGGCUGGUUUCCUUCUUCGCCGUCGUAGCCCUCGUAGUCGUCGUUAUUUACCAGCUCAUGUGCUUGGCAGAUCUGGAGUUCGAUUACAUAAACCCUUAUGAUUCUGCAUCGCGGAUUAAUGCAGUGACCUUACCAGAGUUCAUUGGACAGGGAGUCUUGUUGUUGUUUUAUCUCUUGACAGGACAUUGGGUUAUGGCCCUGUUGUGUGUUCCAUACCUAUAUUACAAUGUGACAUUGUACACGCGGAAACAGCAUUUGGUAGAUGUUACUGAGAUAUACAACAUGCUCAAGUGGGAAAAGAAGAAAAGGCUUUUUAAGCUGGGCUAUCUAGUAUUGCUGCUCUUCCUGUCCUUAUUUUGGUUGAUCUAUAGUGCCCUUGACGAUCAUGAAGAAUGAGGAUAUUAUCAAUAUGGGAUUCUCAUAUAUUCACGUGAUCUUCCGAGAAUCUUCGGGUUACAGGGAGUUCUGGUUUCUAUGCUUUGCUUUUGUUAUCUCGGUUGAUUGGGUAGGGGGCAAGUUGCGCCUUUAUAGUCACUAUCAAGUCCUCCUCCAUCUCUGUUUGGCUGUGCUGCUCUGUGCUAAGGAAUGUUCUGUUACCUGUUCCAUCUUUGUCUCCGUGAUGCUCCAAGCUUGAGCAGGAGCUACGCAUGGAAAGGGCUGUCACUUCGUUAGACUAAGCAUUUGUGCAUUAUUUAUUCUGCAACGAGCUUUCAUUGUUGUUAGUUCUGAGCGUACGGAUUCCAUGGGGAACAAGGACCUGAGUUCUCAUAA